UGCACGGACUGUGUGCAGGUCAGAGGGAGAUGGACAGCUGUGUGGUUCUUAUUCUUCUGUCCUCCACAAUCACUCUCACCACAGCUGACACUGUACAGCUGGGACAAGGAGGCAGACGCUGUGCUGGAAGAGUGGAUAUUUUUCGUAAAGAUUGGUUUGGAACAGUGUGUGAUGGUUUCUGGGAUAUGAAAGCUGCUGCAGUGGUGUGUAGACAGCUGGGCUGUGGGGACGCUCUAGAUGUACUGAGUGCUGCUCAGUUUGGACCAGGACCAGGAGCAAUUGAUGCCUAUACAAGAAUAUGCAAUGGAUCAGAGUCUACACUCAGCACAUGUGGAGGAAGAAAUGUGGAAACAGAUAAGCGUGUCUGUGAUUACACUACACCUGCUGGAAUGAUCUGUUCAGAAGUCAGACUGGUUGGGGGCUCUCGCUGCUCUGGGAGAGUGGAGGUGCUUCAUGGAGAGACCUGGUCCACCAUGUGUGAUGCUGACUUUGACCAGCAGGAUGCAGAGGUCGUGUGUCGAGAGCUGGGUUGCGGGGUUCUUAUGGAGGUGUUGGGAGCAGCUGCUUUUGGCAGAGGGGAGGGUCAGGUGUGGUCAGAGGAGCUUCAGUGUAGAGGCAACGAAUCUCAGAUUCACUUCUGUCCAUCAUCUUCACUCAAACACAACUGCUCCCACAAUAAUGAUGUGGGAGUGGUGUGUGCUGAGAGUGUGCGGCUGGUUGAUGGUGGCAGUCGCUGUGCUGGGAGAGUGGAGGUUCUUCAUAGAGGACAGUGGGGAACAGUGUGUGAUGAUGACUGGGAUAUGAGAGAUGCUGCAGUGGUGUGUGGAGAGCUGGGCUGUGGCGAGGCUGUAGAUGCACGGAGUAAUGCCCACUUUGGACCAGGAUCAGGACCAAUCUGGAUGGAUGACAUUGACUGUAGUGGAUCAGAGUCUACAUUGAAGAACUGUAGAUCAAGAGGAUGGGGUAAACACAAGUGUGAUCAUUCUAAAGAUGCUGGAGUCAUCUGUUCAGGAGUCAGGCUGGUUGGUGGUUCUCACUGCUCUGGGAGAGUGGAGGUGCUUCAUGGAGACACCUGGUCCACAGUGUGUGAUGCUGACUUUGACCAGCAGGAUGCAGAGGUUGUGUGUCGAGAGCUGGGCUGUGGGCUUCCUGUGGAGGUGCUCGGAGAAGCUGCUUUUGGCAGAGGGGAGGGUCAGGUGUGGUCAGAGGAGCUUCAGUGUAGAGGCAACGAAUCUCAGAUUUACUUUUGUCCAAAAUCGUCUUCACUCAAGCACAACUGCUCUCAUGUCAGUGAUGUGGGCCUGGUGUGUUCUGUCGGUGUGCGGUUGGUGGAUGGUGGCAGUCGCUGUGCUGGGAGAGUGGAGGUUCUUCAUAGAGGACAGUGGGGAACAGUGUGUGGUCAUGGCUGGGAUAUGAGUGAUGCUGCAGUGGUGUGUAGAGAGCUGAACUGUGGAGAUGCUAUAGAUGCACUGAGUGAUGCUCACUUUGGACCAGGAUCAGGACCCAUUUGGGUGGGUGAUGUGGACUGCAGAGGAUCAGAGUCUGCACUGAAGAAAUGUCAGUCAACAUGGGGUAAACACACCUGUGAUCACUCUAAGGAUGCUGGUGUUAUCUGCUCAGGAGUCAGACUGGUUGGUGGUUCUCACUGCUCUGGGAGAGUGGAGGUGCUUCAUGGAGAGACCUGGUCCACAGUGUGUGACGCUGACUUUGACCAGCAGGAUGAUGAGAAUAAGAAUGACGAUGAGAUGUUAAUUUAA